ACAGAGGGGCCGGGUGGGGUCCCAGCUGCCCGGCGGCCGGCCUGCGGGGCCUGGAGCCGGCAGGGAGGGAGGCGCGGUGCGGACUCGUGCUCCUGGCGAGGGUCCGGGAGUGUCGGGCGGAGGAGUUGGGAACCCUGGCGCUCCCGGAUCCUGGAAGGCGGGGUGGUGGGCAGUGGUGGUGCUGGCUGCGCUCCCCUCCCUGGGCGCAGGUGGGGAGACCCCCGAAGCCCCUCCAGAGUCAUGGACGCAGCUUUGGUUCUUCCGUUUUUUGGUGAAUGCUGCUGGCUACGCCAGCUUUAUGGUUCCCGGCUACCUGAUGGUGCAGUACUUCAGGCGGAAGAACUACCUGGAGACAGGCAGGGGUCUCUGCUUCCCCCUGGUGAAAACUUGUGUGUUUGGCAACGAGCCCAAGGCCUCUGACGAGGUUCCUCUGGCUUCACGGUCGGAGCCGGCAGAGACCACUCCCACUUGGCAGGCCCUGAAGCUGCUCUUCUGUGGUGCGGGGCUGCAGGUGUCCUAUCUGACUUGGGGAGUGCUGCAGGAGAGAGUGAUGACCCGCAGCUAUGGGGCUACCGCCACAUCCCCGGGCGAGCGCUUCACGGACUCCCAGUUCCUGGUGCUAAUGAACCGCGUGCUGGCGCUGGUCGUCGCCGGCAUCUACUGCACCCUCUGCAAGCAGCCCCGCCACGGGGCCCCCAUGUACCGCUACUCCUUUGCCAGCCUGUCCAAUGUGCUUAGCAGCUGGUGUCAGUACGAAGCUCUCAAGUUCGUCAGCUUCCCCACCCAGGUGCUGGCCAAGGCCUCCAAGGUGAUCCCGGUCAUGCUGAUGGGCAAGUUGGUGUCUCGGCGCAGCUAUGAACACUGGGAAUACCUGACAGCCGGCCUCAUCUCCAUCGGGGUCAGCAUGUUUCUGCUGUCCAGCGGACCGGAGCCUCGCAGCUCCCCGGCCACCACGCUGUCAGGCCUCAUCCUGCUGGCAGGCUACAUCGCCUUCGACAGCUUCACCUCUAACUGGCAGGAUGCCCUGUUUGCCUAUAAGAUGUCUUCGGUGCAGAUGAUGUUCGGGGUCAACUUCUUCUCCUGCCUCUUCACGGUGGGCUCCCUGCUGGAGCAGGGGGCCCUCCUGGAGGGAACCCGCUUCAUGGGGCGACACAGUGAAUUUGCUGCACAUGCCCUGCUGCUGUCGGUCUGCUCCGCGUGCGGCCAGCUUUUCAUUUUCUACACCAUCGGGCAGUUUGGGGCCGCCAUCUUCACCAUCAUCAUGACCCUCCGCCAGGCCUUCGCCAUCCUCCUCUCCUGCCUUCUUUAUGGCCACGCUGUCACUGUGGUGGGGGGUCUGGGGGUGGCUGUGGUCUUUGCUGCCCUCCUGCUCAGAGUCUAUGCCCGGGGCCGCCUAAAGCAACGGGGCAAGAAGGCUGUGCCUGUCGAGUCUCCGGUGCAGAAAGUCUGAGGGGCCUGAGGGGUGGAGUGGAAGACCCUCACCACGCCAAUUUCCCUCUCCUACUUAACUUCUGAGGCGGCUGGCUCAGGGGAAGAAUGCAGGUUUUUUCCUCAGUAUCACCAACCAGCUCCCCAAGUUGGAGUUGAGUCCAAGAGGCAGCCUUCCCCUUUGCCUUAAGUCACCCGUUCUCUAGUAGGGAUUCUUCUGAGGACUGGCCUCAGUGUGGAGGGGAGCCGAGAAGGCAGAAGCACCUUCCGAAGCCCCCACCCCCUCCAGUUUCUGGACGUCUUGCCCUGUGGGCUCCACCAACAUCUCACCCUGUGCUUGUCCCCUACCCUGAGUAGCCCACCCUUGCGGACGCCCUCCCAGAGACCUACAGUUCUUACUCUGGCGAGAAAAGCACAAGUGUUGUAGGCUCCAAGUGCUGCUUUCCCAGGAGUCCAUGAAAGAUGGUGCUGUGCUGGAGGGGGAUGGGAGAGCCCUGCCCAGUGACACCACCUUCUCCGCUCCUGGAUCCCUAGGCUCUGCUCCAAGAGGCAGCUGCAGGUUUUGGUACUUUGGAAAUGUAAUUUUGCUCUUAUAAUUUUAUUUUAUUAAAUUAAAUUGCAAUGGGCUUAA